CUCCCAUGUCCAGCAGAAAGAGAAAAGAUCCACUAACUUCACAACCUUCAACCCCUAUUGCCGUCGUGUCCAAGUCCGUCAGCACCAUGGUCAGCGGCAGGAUGCUGCUCCUCAGUGCGUCUUGCUGGAUGCUGGUGGCUUUAGGAAGCUGCAAUGAGCUGAUAGAGGAGCGAUCACCUGAAUAUGAUGUCAUCAAGACUGAAGAGGAGAAGGAGCUGAUCGAAGCCCUGCAGGAAGUUCUGGAAAAGCUGAGGAACAAACAGCUGCCAUCCACUGAGAAGAAACUGGGCUGGCUUCCACCUUGUGAUGCAGGUGAGCAGUGUGCGGUGCGUAAAGGGGCCAGGAUUGGGAAGCUGUGUGGAUGUCCCAGAGGAACCUUCUGCAACUUCAAUGUCCUCAAGUGUGUAUAGAGUUUAGAUAUAAACACUGUGUAGAACAUACAGAAGAUACUCUUUUGAAAUAACUUUUUUUUAAUUUUAUUCAUAAGCUUUAAAAAGUUGCUUAAUGUGAGGAAAGGAAUCAACUUUGAAUUAACUAUGGCUAACCUCAGACUCGAAAGGAUGUCAAUAUUUGGAGAGUCACACCUUGAUUCCAUGUAAAAUAACCCUGAUAUAUUGUUUUACAUUGUUUACAUUACACUGUUUAGUUUUAUUUUGUUUUGUUGUAUUUUUUUAGAUGCUAUUCCAAAUCACAAAAAAACUUGUGUUAAAUAAAAAAUAUUUUUAAAUCUGGUUCUUGUAUAUAUC